AUCGGUAAAGUUUUCAUGAAUGUAAUUAAUUAUUUUAGAUGUACGUGUAAAUGAUUACAUCAAUUACUUGAUAAAUUUUUUUCUUGAGCAAAAUGAGGCCUGAACCAAAUUUGACCAAGUACGUGCCUUCCAGGAUAAAAAGUAAACCUCCCGAGAGGAGUGUUACGAAUGCAGAAUAGCGGAAGCCUGUGUGACGCGCCUGUCUAAGUAUCAGCGAGUGGGUGACCUAGAUAAGACACGAAGCCUUCCAAGAGCCAAGGCCACCGUAAAAAAAAAAAAAAGCAGUCGUAACAGGAUAAUGGAGUGUCUGAAGCCAUACCUUUGCAGUUGCCUUGAGCUCGGCUCGCCCGUGGUGUGUGUGGUGUGUGUGUGUGUGUGUGAAGCGUUCAGCAAGCAGUGCUCGUCUGUCUGCCUGCUGCUACCGGCCCCCCCCAGUGUUUUGUCGGACGUUCCACGCGAUGCCAGUGGUCGAGAAGAUCGGCAGGAGGAGCUGUGUGCCAAUCAUUUACACCCGCGGCACGCACUACGAAGUGGGCUUCGAUGUCGGGCGAACGUUCAGCGGGCUGAUCCAGAACUUCCUGGCCACGUACGACCUCCUGAACAAGGAGUACCUGCCCCUGUACGAGACGGAGGCGGGCAGGAAGGCGUACCAGGAGACGCUGGACUGCGUGCGACAAAACUUCCCCCACUGUUUUUACUGCACAUGGAUGAAAUUUUACCUAACACUACAGCAAGGAAAUCCAACCCCAAUCCAAAUGGUUGCUCAACGGUGUGUUGCAACUACCCAGAGAAGGAAUUUUUGGGCCACACCGAAGACGCCCUGGCGGAGAUACUCAACAACAUAUACUUUGUGUCGGCCCACAUAAUAGCGGACUCUCCGCAAGGUCGCUGGAAAGUCACGGAGGAGAAAUUCACAUCCUUGUGCUACGCUGGGCACUUGCCCGGUUUCACCAUGAGUUACAACCAUCACGGCCUGGUGUACUCAGUCAACAUUAUAAAAGCUAAAACUUUAGCAUCUGGUAAAACACCCCGGCACUUCCUGACGCGGGCGCUGCUGGCGGGAGAGAACUUUGCGCGGGCGCAGCAGAUUCUGCGCGACGCGGGCUGCGGCGCGGGAGACGGCGUCAGCAUCAACAUGACGUUCCUGCGGCAGGAGGGCGACCGCCUGUUCCACAACGCCGAGCUGGCGCCGGCCGCGGGCCCCGGCGCCGCAGAGUCCGUGCUCAGCGUGCUGACCGCCAGCCCGCACGAGCACAUGUUCCACGCCAACAAGUACUUGAGGCUGAAGGUUCCCGAGGUGGGCGGCGCCAUCGUCACCAGCAGCGACCGGCGCCAGGCGGCGUUCAUGAAGUUCCCCGUCCCCCGCUCCAAAGAGGACAUCGAAGCCAUCCUGGGCGACCAGUCCGACAGAGAGUUCAGCAUUUUCCGGGAAGAAAGCGACGACGACUACGUCAAGACGGUUGCUGUCGGAAUCUUUGACUGUGUUGCAAGAACGUGGAGCAUCUACACAGGCAAUCCCAAGACAAGUGAACCAGUUGUGGUGCUACCCAUUCAACUGAAAACUGAAUCAAGAUAAGAUGUGUGACAAGCAUCUUAUUUACAUCAAAAACUAGAGGAUGUGCUUGUAAAGUCGUGAUUGAAAGGCAUGUAGCAUGAAGAGAAGAAUGCUGUCUUCCAGCAAGAGAGCGUAUUGUUUGUCCGUAAUACAGUCGAUGCGGGUGACUUUGUCCUGUGAGGAUGACUUUGUGCCAUUGAGCAUUUUAUCAAAUAAUAUUUAAUAACCAUUAAACAAAAAAAAAAUUGUCCUUCUUCACGAUAGUUAAAAUUUGCACAGUUGGUGCUGCAAUAUGACAACAUUGCAUACUACUCUGCAUCAUACAUGUGUUUUCAAAAUGGCUGCUAUGCAUGAUGGUCAAUAUUUUCAUUGUUUUUGUUAGUGUUGUGAAGUGUUGUACAAAAACAUAAAAAAGACUUACGAUUUUAAAACUGGCUCCUUUGAUAUUCUACCACCAGGUAUGUAUUUAGCCACUUCCAGAAUGUUUUAUCGAACUGUUUCUUCAUAAUAUUUUAUUUUAAGGUUAUGUUUCAGCAAGGGUGGCUUUGUACCACGUGGUACAAAGUCAUCCACACAGGUACAAAUCCACCCUGGCAUUAAUAUUUUGGUUUAAUAUUCUUUUUGUGUAUGUAGGUUAAAUAACAAGUAGGUUAUUACAUUUAAGUACAGCAGAUUUAAUCUGUUUUCAGAUAUAUAAAUCCACAAAAUGCCCAAUAAAUAUGUGCCACACCCUGACUCAAGGGCUUACAGAAGAUAUUCAGAUGAAAAGUUGGAAGCAUGCCUUACAGACAUUGCAACAGGAAAGAUGUCAGAAAGGAAAGCUUCUGCACAUUACAACAUACCUAGGCAGACUAUACGAAACAAGACCAAAGGUUUACACAGUGGCAAAAUUGGCGGUCAGAAGGUUUUUUCUGAUGAUGAAGAAAAAGAGUUUGUCCAACAUAUUUCGUGUGUAGCAAAUUUGGGCUUUCCAAUAACUAAGACUGAUUUUCGUUUCAUUGUCAAGAGUUACUUGGAUAAGAAAAAGAAGAAUAUCAAGUGCUUUAAAAACAACUAUCCCGGCCGUGAGUGGUGUAACCUGUUUUUAAAACGACAUGACAAGGAAUUGCGUGAACGUUUUGCACACAACAUCAGCAAGAAACGUGCUAAUGUAACAGAGAAAAUUGUAAUAGACUUUUUUGAUCAUUUGGAACAGGAACUGGAUGGAGUACCACCUGAAAAUAUUUUCAACUUUGAUGAGACUGGCAUCAAUGAUGAUCCAAGAAAAAAGAAGGUUAUCUUUUCAAGAAAAAGUAAACAUCCACAGUUGGUUGUGAACAGCAGUAAAGUUAAAUAUUCAGUAAUGUUUUGUGGUACUGCUAAUGGAGAAGUGCUACCACCAUAUGUAGUGUAUAAAGGAACUCAACCUUUGGUAACAUGGACUCAAGGUGGCCCACCCGGAACCAGAUAUGCUGCUUCAAAGAGUGGUUGGUUUGAACAAGCCACCUUUGAAAAUUGGUUUGACACUGUUCUCUACCCAGAGUUAAAAAAAGAAAGAUGGACAGAAAGUUAUAAUAUGUGAUAACCUUACAUCACACAUCAGUUUGUAUGUUUUGCGGCAAUGUGACAAAGUCAAAACAAAAUUUAUCUGCCUACCUCCCAAUAGCACACAUAUACUACAACCUUUUGAUGUUUCCUUUUUCAGUCCAUUAAAAAGCCAUUGGAGAAAGCUUCUUCACUCAUGGAAACAAACCAAGGAAGGAAAGAAGUACACUACUGUAACAAAGCAAGCAUUUCCUGAGUUGUUGCAUGAGUUGCUUAAAGCAAAUGCUCCAAAAGCAUCAGAUAAUGUUCGUGCUGGUUUCAGGAAAACUGGAAUUUACCCCACGGAUCGUCGGCAGCCCAUUGGUAGCCUACCGGAGUUUGGACUAAAUGACCUGAAUAUUUCUGAUGGUGUUGGACAAGCUUUUCAAGAAUACAUUAAACACAUCACUGAGAAUUUCACAUCGCCGAAGUCUACUUCACGGAAACGACUUCCAGUAGAACCUGGGAAAAGUAUUAGCAGUGAGGAGGUGGCACAAUAUCUGGAAGAAUCUGCACUGAAGAAGAAGUCCUCCAAAAGUGUGAAAGGAAAGUGUUUAAGAAUGAAAUUUGCACCAAGAAAGGCAAGUCAUACUCAGGACAGUUCUAGUUCAGACUCUGAAGCAGGUAACUGUGAACUCAUAUUUGAUGAUACACCUGAUGAAUCUGCUGAAGAGUUUGACAGCUUCACAGAACAGCCAUGUUCCAGCAGUUCAAUCCAAACUUUGAAAAAUAAAACACAAUCUAAGGGUGAUCUCUACAGUGUAAAUGAAUUUGUUGUUGUAGACUAUGAAGGGACAUUUUAUCCAGGGAGGAUCACUGAGAUAAACAGGCAAAAGAAAGAACUUAAAGUCUCUUGUAUGAAAAGGGCAGGGCAAGGAUAUUGGAAAUGGCCUGAAGAUAAAGACGAAAUAUUUUAUGACAUUAGUGCAGUGAUUGAUCGUGUGAACAUGUCUUGUGUGCGGCAAGUAUCAAAAAGAGGCCUUUUUUCCAUCGAAAACUUAAUUUUGAGCCAGCAUUGGUCUGUGUAGUGUUAAACUAAAAAAAAAAAGUUUUAACACCUAUUCAAGACAUUUUUAGUUUGCUCUCAAUGUUUUAGUAUGUAAUUUGUUAAUAUAAUUGAAGUCAAAUUAAACCAAAACAUUAAUAUUGUGUGUGAAGUUAAUAUUUAAAGUGGAACAAAUUCACCUGCUGUACAACUGUUCUCAAUACAACACUAUUUAUGCGACAAUUACCAACACGGUACAAAGUCACCCAACACAUGUAGGUGACUUUGUACCACAACAUUACUACCGUAUUUACUCGUGUAUAGCGCGCCCUCGUGUAUAGCGCGCACCACGAUUUUUGCAACUAAUUCCAAAGAAAAAAAAAAUUGAAAUAUUUUUUCCCCCCAUAAAUAAAUUUUACUAACAUUUUGUGGUACCUGAUUAUUUAAAUUGAUGUGUGGUGAUGCGUCAGGAAAAUACAUAAACUCUGCUGUCUAAACGGAAGAUAAUGAAGCGCUAUAUCGUCACAACUGGUACGUGGAAGGAAGGAAGGGAGGGAGGCGUGCCGCGCUACGUUGCUAAGCUGGCGCGGAGAACUUGAUGACUCACCGGUGAGGAAUGGUGGAAGCGAAGAAGUUGCCGGGGGGGGGGGGGGGGGGGGGGGGGGGGGGAACUGGUGACAACAUUCUCUCUUUCUCUCUCUCUCUCUUUUUACUAGCUUCUGAGCUGGCUUUCUGUAAAGGGGGGAGGUCUAAAAAUAAACAAGAGACCAUGAUGUGCGAGCUUGCGCGCGCGUGUGUGUGUGUGUGUGUGUGUGUGUGUGAAACAGAGGCCUUGUUGCUUGUGCGUAUGUGUGGGGGCUGGCCAGAAACGUCACCCGUCACCCGGCAGUUAACGACUUCCACUCCUCCCCGCCUCCCCCCCCCCCCCCCCAAAAAUUUUUUUUCCCGUGUAUAGCGCGCAUCCUUAUUUUUUUCCUUUACUUGAGGGGAAAAAAGGGCGCGCUAUACACGAGUAUAUACGGUAUUUUUUAAUUUUCUAAAACUACACAGAAAAUUAAGUUCUAUAUUGCUAAAGAAAGCACAUUAAAAAUUAGUGGUGCACCGAUAUGGCUUUACCGAUUCGAUUACCGAUUACCGAUUAUGAGAGCAAUAAUCGGCAGAUACCGAUUCAGUUAUCGAUUAUAAUGAAAUAUUUUUGUUAAGUGUAAUAAUGCACACAAAAUGUUUUAUUCCCAUGUGAAUUUAAUUACAAGAGUAGGUAAAAUUGAGAAUACAGUUAUAAUAACAGUAUAAAAAUAUAUAAAAUACACUAUUAAGUCAUUGCAAAGAGUAAAUUAAAUUAACUUCUAUUUAUAUUUGUUGUUGUAAACAACUUGAACUACAGUCUAAUAAUUGUAAUUUACAAUGGGUAAGUUUUUGUUGCGGAAAACUAGCAUUAUUAUCGAAUAUCACAUAAGGUUGCAUCGAGAAAUUACCGUUUUACAAUGUAAACAUGCUGCUUUAUUUUGUUCACUUGAGUUUAUAGAAAAAUGUUUCCACACUUCACUUUUUUUUCUCACCACUCGCCAUCUUACUAUAAUUAUAUAAAAAUGACUAAAAACCAAUUCUAGCACAUGUGAUUUUAUUUAUGUUCACUGAAUAUAUAAACUUAUAAAUACUUUUUCACUUUUCACGUCACAUACAAAUAACACAACAACGGAUGUUGUUACCAAAGACGCCCAUAACGAGUUUGUAAAACGCAGUGAUGAACUCUGAAAGGAAUCGGGACCACGAUUUUGAACCUCUACUACGACUCGAAAAGAUCGAUUCUCAUAGAAUACACUGCAACUGCUUGUGGUAUUUUGAUUGUGUGCCAUCUAUUUUACGUCUCUGGCUAUCUAUAGGUAAUGUACAAGGCCACUAAACAAAAGACGAAACGUAAAUAAACGUAUAGGAAAAAUAUAUUUUUUAUUGUUAGAGGCAAUGAGAUUAAUUAAACUUAACGAAAUAUCUGUAAUCUUGAUAUGACGGAGUUAGAUGAAUUUUGUAAUAUAUACAAAUAUUACCAUAUUUCGUCCUAAAACGUGUAACAAAAUAUUACACGGUAAAAACCUACUUAAUUACGCCGGGACGUAGAUAAUCGGCAAAGUAAUUGUUAAGAUAAUCGCCGAUUACGAUUAAUCGGUAAGUACCCAUAAUCGCCGAUUACGAUUCAUCGUUAUCCGCAUCGGUGCACCACUAUUAAAAAUACUUCCAUACAUGUAUUUAAUAAAUAAGUUUUAAAUAAAUUAGGUUCUAUAAAUACAUGUAAACAUGCCUUAAGUGGUACAAAGUCACCCGCAUCGAUGUUAGUGCAGCUGGCAUGUGUUUGGCUUUUAUUUAUUGUAAUCAAAAUAUAAGUGUACAAAUUUCAGUCAGACCUUGGUAGAUUUUCAAGAAAUGUAGUUGGCGUGUUUGAUCGAAAAAUAUAAUGAAAGGCAUUAGCUUAAUGUAUAAAAGAACUGUAGUAAAGUGGAUUCAAUAUGAGAUACCUUAGGUGCAGGUCAGCAUCUUGACAGAAGGCAAGAAAGAGGAUAGAGAAUAAGUACUGUGUGAUAAAAAUUAUGAAAAUAAAAUUUUUCCUUUCAAAAA